GAGGGGCUUGCUCCAGGGCACAGAGCAUGAUUAGUGCUUUUUCAUAAGUGCUGACCUAAUUAUAUUAAAUAUUAUUUUUUAAAUUUAAAAUUUAAAAUGUAAUCUAUUAUUUGGUAGCUCAAUAUUUAAGAGUAAAAUAUCUUCCCUCCCCCACUCCAGACCUUAAUUAAUAUAACUAUAUAUUUGCAUAACUGGGUUCAGAAAUGUACCAUAUUCUAUGCCUAUAUACAAUAAAUUAUCAUUAAUGUCUAGAAAAUUCUAAAUAUAGCAACACAAGUAGGAAACAAAGUCCAUUAUUACUAUAUUUUCCAAGGGUUUUCUCUUUAUUUUGUACAGUUAGAAUAAAUAAAUGCUAAUUGGUCCUCUGCUAAGCCUCUGUCAGCUGCUGGAAUUUAUUUGAUGGUGCUUCCAUUCUUCCUUCCUUCUUUCCUUCCUGUCUCUCGAUAUGUUAGUUAUAACUUUCAACAACAAUUCUACAGGAUUUCAUAGCAAAAGUUUGUUCUCCAUGAGGUGAUAAUGUAUUUUUUGUUGUUUUUGUUUGUUUGUUUGUUUGUUUGUUUGUUUUGUAAAAGACAUCUCUGGAUCUUUGGUAGCUGAAAGAGACCCAUGCCUAAAUACUUGAUUUGGAUGAGGGAAGGCAUUUUGUAUGGGAAAACAUGCACUUUGGAGAACCUAAGAAUAAUAAUAAAAAUAAUAAUGGAAAGACAUGCGUAGAAUUCAAACCAGCUAUGUAUUUUCUCCAUAAAUGGAAUUACAUUUCUUCUGCUUUGCAUAUGUUUAUCUUGUGCUAUCUGUAUGCUAUUUUCUUUUAUCAUAAAUUUGUUUAUCCAAAUAAAGAACUUUUUAAAGAUUAAUUUUCUAUUAAUAGCUAAUAAUUAUUAUUAAGGUGAGAACUAUGAUGAAAUACCUAAUGUUUAGUUUACAAUUUACUUUAGAUGUAUAAUCUACACAUAAAUCUAAUAAAUUGAUACAAAAAUAUUUAACAGGAGAGACUUCUACAGGAAUAGUGCUUCUAUAUCAGUUCUUAUUGUCAUAGACUCAAUUCAAAUCCAAUUUGUGUAUAGCCAGUUGAGGACAAUUAUAACAUGCCCUUAGAAUUUUCAUAUCCCUGUUUGUCCCAGCCCAUGCCUAUUAGCUAAGAGUGAACCAAAUGAGAGUUUAAAACUGUCAGUUCUGUUCACAGUGAUAGACUUUUCAGCUUCUUGUUCAGUUUUUUUAUUCAUAUCUUUGUUGGAAAUAUAACAAAUUCUAUGCUUCAUUUUGAUAUUACAGAUCUUCUUAAACUCAGCAGCAAGAGUGGGUUAGACAAACCCCACAUGUUAUGGCAGUCUACAGAGAAAAGGAAUAAUAGGAAGAAGACAAGGAAAUUCUUUUAUAAAAUAAGACCUGGAUUUUAAGCCUUGGUCUGCAUAUGAUUUAAGGGUCAUUUGAAGUAUGAGACAUUUUUAACUGAAAAUGAGUCCCUGCUAUGUGGAUAUUUGUUAGCAAUGACUGAUGUGGAAACUACGUAUGCAGAUUUCAUUGCUUCAGGAAGAACAGGUAGAAGAAAUGCAAUACAUGAUAUCCUGGUUUCCUCUGCAAGUGGCAACAGCAAUGAAUUAGCCUUAAAACUAGCAGGCCUUGAUAUCAACAAGACAGAAGGUGAAGAUGAUGGACAGAGAAGCUCCACCGAACAAAGUGGAGAAGCCCAGGGAGAAGCAGCCAAGUCUGAAAGCUAACACUCCAUUCUGACGGUCAUCAACAUCUGACAAUGUGGCAAAUAUCCUGGCGAUGCUCGGAUGUAUUCGCAGCCACGGGUGAAACGGAGGGGAAGAAAAUGGCUGCGCUGCACAGCAAGACACUGUUGGUUGCCAUGUCACAAGUGGGGAUGGAGCCUGUGUCUGCACACAGCCUUUUCCCCACCUCUGUCAUUAGCAAUGGUUGAAAUCACCUGGGCUGUGCUUGGAUCUCCUUCGUGUAUGGGUCCUUCCACUUGACCGUAUAAUGAAAUGCUUGUAGAGAGUAGCACUGCCUAGCUGAUGAUUCCUGUGGCAUCUGGCCCCUCAUGAUGUCAGAGGAUUUAAUUGUGUCUAAUUGAAAAGAGUUGGUUGAACCCCAGAGUUUCAGUAUCUCUGGCUGGAGUAUUGACUCACAAAAAGAACCAUCCAGAGAGCACAGUUAGCAUUAUGUCCCUGUGUGUGAGUGCUGUUACUUACGCCGUUUUGUAUCGUACAGUACACCUGCUCUGCACUGCCCUUUGAUUGCUUACAUAAAACAAAAUGAUGUACAUGACUGUGAAUUUUUAUACCGCUCAUUUUUUAAAGGGCUGCCUUUUUAAUUUCCCAUAGUGUUGUGGCGUGAACAGGGCAGAACCUUCUUUUGUAAAACACAACUUUCCUCUUGAUAACUGCCGAGGGUUACAUCCACUAGACUCACUGAGCCCACUUUGCUUUAUUAUACAGGCAUGUGGAAAUAUCCAUGAAUGUGAAUAUUGCCUGAGUUCAGUCUUAGUAUCUACACAGACCAGCGUUCUGUCUUUCAAUAUUGAUUUUAUUUCCAAAUAAGUACUUUCAACUGAUACUUUAAUUUUUCAUUAUAAGAAUUUUUUUAAGAAUCAACAAAAUAAACAAAGAAUGCCAGAUAAUGCAAAGAGCUAGAAAUGUUGUGCUGUGAGGAUCACUUUUCUCACACUGCUGGGUGCCACUGUUUAACGCAGGAGGACAACUUGUGAAGGAAGUGUUUUCCUCAAAGCCUGUGGGCACCCAUCUCAAAAGUAAAGCCCUUGUGCUGUGGCCCCUCUCAGCCCUUUCAUACCCAAAUGUUGUUAUGCACUUUUUAAUGUUUGUAAAAUUUUACUAAUAAUUUGUGUGAAUUGCAUUCAGAUAUAAAAAUUAUCACCCAACUACACUUUUACUGAUGCUGUUGAUGGUCUACGCUGUGUUUUGACAUCACAAUUCUUGUAUGGGGAGUUUCUGUGGCCUGUAUAACCCUCUCUGGUCAGUAUUAUGAAACCAACUAUCUUUGGUAAUAAAUGAGGAUCCAGUUAGAUGCCCAAGGUUCACCUGGUGCAUCAUAGGAGGCAAAUAACAGAUGAAAGAAGACUUUCUCAACAGAAGAGCCUCUAAGUGUCCUGGAGCACUAGCAUAGCUACAGUUCCAGGUUAAGUAGGUAGAGGUGUUUCAACAGGCAGACCUGGGUACGGUAGGAACUCGACCUGAGUCUGUAGUUACAGACAAGGUAGACAAGGAAGUCUGCCUAUAUCUUCCCAUAGAGUGCUUUCAUUACUGACUGGGAAUAUAUGAAUCUCAUUUAGUCCCCAACUGGAUGUUUUCCAGAAAAACAAGCACUGUUAAGUAUGCCUUUCUGGAUAUAGAACAGUAAAUACAUUCAAUAUGAGAGGCCUUGCUUUGAUCUAAGUCAUUGGAGGCUAGCUAAAAUUGAAACAAAUCUACCUAUUGAUAGACUCAAAGUUGUGAACCUAUGGCCUAUUUGAGACAAUCUCCGAUAAUCUAUUUACAACAUCCAACAGUUUCAAUGUCCUUGUUUAACUAUGCUGAUAGCUUUCUUGUGAAUAGGAAGAUCAUUCUUAAAGUUGUGUAAUUCCACACUGGUUUCACAUGCAUUUUGUAAAGUGUUGAACCAGUGCUAAGACUGUGUGGAAGGGUUAUACCCCUGUGUCAUAUACUAUUACUAAUGCAUGCGGUGCCAUGCUUGUCUUUAAAUAUAUAAGUAGUGCUAAAUGCAGAAGUCAUAGGGAGGUUCUGAUUUCAUUUGAUUUCUUACUGCUACUUGGUGUCCUGUAUUCAAUCCUAGAGGGAUUCUGUGGCUGGUAAGGGAAAAGAGAUAAACAUUCUGAAUUUGUCACAUCACAUAAAUUUUAAUUGGCAAAAGUGCAUAGAAUCUCCUGGUUUUCAUUUAAUACUUAUCAUUUGCAAGUAAAUAAUACUACAUAGGGAAUGAAUCUGUAAAUGCAGAUGGAAGUGUGGGCAGCCCAAGGAAAGGGGUGUUAGUUAACUACCCCAGCUAAGUCACUUCAGAACCAAAUGUACCAUUCAGUUUCAUCUUAUGCCCCUUUCACAAAUUACAAUGUGAACAUGAAUAAGGACUAAUUUUUGCAAAACUAAAAAGCUAAUUUGAGCCCAUGUUUAUCAACAGAAUUUUGAAUCCACAUUUCAUAAAAUUUAAGCUAAUUACACAGUGUGUUUCUCUGUAUGGAAAACUAUAGAUAAUACACUCAGUCAGCUUGCAUUUUACAGAGAAAGAAUUUAAGUUACUAAAUAGACUAGCCUUUCUUGGGUUUGUACACAUGUCUUUGGGACAAAGACACAUGUGGUUGAGCCUACCUUUUUUUGUUGUUGUUGUUGUUUUAAUACUCAAUUAUAGCUUAUUUUGAAUUUAUUUAAGACAUGUAAACUGUAAAUUUACAUGCUAUGUUCAUGCUAUGUAUGUGAACAAAUAUUCUUGCUUUUUAUUUAAUAACCUAGAAACACAAAAUUUUCCAUUUUAACACAUUAACAAUGAAUGAGAAGCUGUAGAAUUUGUUGAGCUUAACUUUUUUAAACUAAGAACAUUUUAUGUUAGUACAUAUUCAUCCUGAAUUCACAGAAAUGCUUUCUGCUCUAUAACAGAAAAUCAUGACCUUUAUUUUUCAGGAAAUACUGACAUAGUAGCCCACUGUUCACACCCUACCACUGAGUCUUCCUUAAAUGUGACAUCAAGGAUCCAAUGUAGAAUAAAAUGACAUUUUUAUCUCUUCUCAGAGGAAUACGAAAAAAAUGUAACUGUUGGGCAGCAAACUUCUAAAUGAAUUCUGCAGUAGUAAGGGAAAAAAAUGUAUAGUCAUUAAAUUAAACGAAGAAAGGAUCCAUAAUUGAUUGUGUCUUAGAAGCCUGGAAAUGUUCUUUCACUGACUUGUGGCAGCCUGGGAAGUCAUCUGUGAGCUUCUAUGACUUUUGUAUUUAGCAAUGUUGCAUGCUCACAUAACUGAUAUUAAAAGCAGCACUUGUUUUCUGAAA